CGCAUUUUAGGGUAGGUAUCUUAAGCAUAAAGGCAGCAAAGCAAAAUAUACUGUACUGGUAAAAUAAAUGGAGAGAAAUCCUGACUUGGCCAGAGGUGUUGCAGUGUUUGGAUCUGAUCGAGGAAGGGUAGAGGAGCGGUGGGAGGAAAUUAUGAGGAAAAUUAAUUCUCAUGGUCCUCCUACAAGAACGGCCGUCGAAUGGAAGAAAAUAUGGGCUGACUUGAAAAGCCGGACAAAAAAGAAGAUUGCCGAAAACAAACGAAGCCUUACUGCUACCGGUUGUGGCCCAUUCCGUCACUCUCCGCUUUCCGAAAUGGAGCAGGCCAUAGACAGCCUGGUUUUUAUUUCGAGGUCAGCAGCCCCGAGCGGCAGAGUUUUCGGCAUUCCUUCGACGGCGACCUCUAACAUGUCAAGACAUUCGUCGUUGGAGGAAAUGCCUCCUUUACUUGUGACUGAAUCGCCAACACUUGACCAACGAAUGCAACAAACAACCACCCUUCAAUCUCCUAUAAGGCACAACCAACCACCACCAGUGGGAGUAGUGACUCCCACUACACAGACAACCCGUCCUACACCAACGCACACGUUACGUUCCAUUAAUAGGAAGCGCACCUUCCAAGAGACAGUGGCUGAAUCUGCCAAAGUCCAAGCAGAAGGCGCUAAAGUGCAGGCUGAGGCUGCAAAAAAAAUGGCAGAGGCAUCAAUGCUGCAGGUGGAUGCCACAAACAAAUUAACUGCUGCAGUGGAACGCCAAUCUGAAAUUUUUGAAAAAUUUUUGGAGUACUUCCGGAAUUAAUUUUCAUACCACUAUUGUGAGAGUAUUGAAGUGAUAUUUUGUUUUUUUUUUUUUGUAAAUAUUUUUUAGAUUUAAGUGUGAAUUGAUAUUUUGUUGCAUUUACUUAGUUUAUAUGUAGAUUUAGGAUUUAAGACUGAAAAGAUAUUUUGUUGAAUUUUUAUGUAAAUAUUUUAUAAAUCUUAAGACAAAUGAAUUUUGCUGGUGUACCUGAAAUCUAAACACACAUACUUUAUAAUAAAACUGCGUUAAUAUACUGCGUAUAAUAAACUCUCUGCUAUUCUCAUUCUAAUAAGGGCAGCUGUAUUCGAAAUGUCACUGUUUUCCAGUUCGUCUUCGUAACUAACAAGAUUCUCCAUAUCUGGGCUCUCCAAUGGAAUUUGAUGUUUGAAAAAUAUACAAACGUUAUGAAUAGCACAGCACACAUUUACAAUUUGUGUAACUUUUUCUGGUGAAUAGUGUAGCCCUCUCGAGCCAAUUAUACAUCGAAAUCGGUUUUUCAAAACACCGAAACAUCUCUCAAUUACAUUACGAGCUUUCGAGUGCUUUGUGUUGUAAAUUCGUUGAAUUUCAUCGGAUGCGCUUCUGAAUGGCGUCAUCAAGUAUGGCUGCAAGGGGUAACCAGAAUCCCCUACAAAAAUUUUCAUUGUCAGUAAUAGUUUUAUGGCCUUUUUAAGUUUUAAAACUUACCGUGUAGCCAUGUGUUGAUUUUUCC